AUGCGGCUGCAGAGCUCCCCGCUCCCCUCCUCCGUCCUCCUCCUGCUCCUCCUGCUGCUCGGGCUCUGCAGCGGCACAAGUUUCCCAAGUAACAUCAACAUAGGAGGUCUUUUCCCAACCGGCUCCCAUGAGUACGAGGUGUUUCGCUUCGCCCUGGCUCAACACCAGGACGUCCCCAAACUGGUGCCACAGGUGGACAUGGUGGACACGGGGAGCAGCUUCGCCAUGACCUACGCCUUCUGCUCCCAGUUCUCCAAAGGCGUGUACGCCAUCAUGGGUCUGUACGACCGGCGGACGGUCAACAUGCUGAUGUCUUUCUGCGGCUCUCUGCACGUCUGCUUCGUCACGCCGUCCUUCCCCGUCCAGACCAACAACCAGUUUGUCCUGCAGCUGCGGCCCGAGCUGCAAGAGCCCCUCAUGGCCCUGCUGGAGCGCUUCGACUGGGAGAGGUUCGUCUACAUGUACAGCUCCGACUCAGGUGAGGACGCAUCACUCCUACAAAUGACUUUUAUCUGCAUGUGUAUCGCUGCUCAGAAGAGAAACCUGAAGAAUUACCAUUACAUCCUCACCAACCUGGGCUUCACGGACCUGAACGUCACAGAGUUUCAGAAGCUGGGAGCGAACGUGACGGGACUCCAGCUGGUGAACCGGUCCGAUCCAGCUGUGGAGAAGAUCAACCAGGACUGGCUCGACUUCGACAGCAAAGACCUCAAACUGGCUCGCAGGAUGCUCCGGUAUACCGGAGCUCUGACGUACGAUGGCGUCAGCGUCAUGGCGACGGCGUUCCAGAACCUGCGGCGGCAGCGGAUCGACAUCUCUCGCCGUGGCAACGCAGGGGAGUGUCUGGCCAAUCCCCCGGCUCCCUGGGGACAAGGCAUCGACAUACAGAGAGCCCUGCAACAGGUGCGUCUGGAGGGGCUGACGGGUCACGUACAGUUUGACGAGCGAGGACAUCGUACCAACUACACGCUGACUGUGAUCGAGCUCAGUUCCACUGGACUCAGGAAGAUCGGCUACUGGAAUGAGAGGAGAGGCUACGUGAGCACGGCCAUCUACAAGCCGGUGGUGGAGGAGUUUCACGGUCUGCAGAACAGAACCUACGUAGUCACAACCAUACUGGAAGCUCCCUACAUGAUGCUGAAGAAGAACCACGAGCAGUAUGUCGGCAAUGAGAGGUAUGAAGGUUACUGUGCUGAACUGGCUGCGGAAAUCGCCAAACACGUCGGCUUCAACUAUCGUCUGGAGCUGGUGGGAGACGGAAAGUACGGAUCCCGAGAAGCUGAAACAAAGAUGUGGAACGGCAUGGUGGGAGAGCUGGUGUACGGGAAGGCCGACGUGGCCGUCGCUCCGCUCACCAUCACUCUGGUACGAGAGCAAGUGAUCGACUUCACCAAACCCUUCAUGUCUCUGGGAAUCUCCAUCAUGAUCAAGAAACCCACCAAGUCCAAACCGGGAGUCUUCUCCUUCCUCGACCCACUCGCCUACGAGAUCUGGAUGUGCAUCGUGUUCGCCUACAUCGGAGUCAGUGUGGUGCUUUUCCUGGUGAGUCGCUUCAGUCCGUACGAGUGGAAGGGCGAGGAAGAGGAUGACGAAGAUGAAGUUAUGCCCUCAUCUGGCUCUCGGCGAGCUCUGCCCGCCAACUCCUCCGAACUCUCUCACUCUCCAGGUUAUUCUCAGUCUCAGAACCAGAACCAGCAGAAAGAAAAGGAGAGUCCUGAAUACACCAACGACUUUGGGAUCUUUAACUCGCUCUGGUUCUCGCUCGGAGCCUUCAUGCAGCAGGGCUGUGACAUCUCGCCCAGGUCUCUGUCAGGUCGAAUCGUGGGAGGAGUUUGGUGGUUCUUCACCCUCAUCAUCAUCUCCUCCUAUACAGCCAACCUGGCAGCCUUCCUCACUGUGGAGAGGAUGGUUUCCCCCAUCGAGAGCGCAGAAGACCUGGCCAAGCAGACGGAGAUCAACUACGGGACUCUGGACGGAGGCUCCACCAAAGAGUUCUUCAGGCGGUCAAAGAUCGCAGUUUUUGAGAAAAUGUGGUCGUACAUGCGGAGCGCCGACCCCACUGUGUUUGUGAAGAACACCCCGGAGGGCGUGAUACGAGUCAGGAAGUCGAAGGGGAAGUACGCCUACCUGCUGGAGUCCUCCAUGAACGAGUACAUCGAGCAGAGGAAGCCCUGCGACACCAUGAAAGUCGGAGGCAACCUGGACUCCAAAGGCUACGGAGUGGCUACGCCCAAAGGAUCGGCCCUCAGAAACCCUGUUAACUUGGCAGUGUUAAAACUGAACGAGCAGGGCCUGUUGGACAAAUUGAAAAACAGAUGGUGGUAUGACAAGGGAGAGUGCGGCACCGGGGGAGGGGACUCCAAGGACAAGACGAGCGCACUGAGCCUGAGCAACGUGGCGGGAGUGUUCUACAUCCUGAUUGGUGGACUGGGACUCGCCAUGCUGGUGGCUCUGGUCGAGUUCUGCUACAAGUCCAGGAUCGAGUCCAGAAGGAUGAAGGAGCUAAUUGACGCCGCCAUACUGGGCGGAGGAGGUGGGGCAGCGGGGGGCGGUCUAGGAGACGGAGGAGCUUCGGGGCUCGGAGGCGAGAACGGCCGCGUGGUGACCCAUGACUUCCCCAAAGCCAGACCUCAGGGUUUACCGUGCAUGGGCAAAGCUGCCGGUCUGGGACUGUCCUCCACCGGCAUGUGA